UUAAUUAAAUCAGUUGAAUCCAAUCGAAUGAUUGAUCCAAUAACCCUUGGUUAUCCUUCAAAUCCUAAACCAGUAAACCCUACAGCUGAGAAAGCCAAACCAUCAACCAUGAACAUGGAUAGGAUCAGUUUCUUACCCGACUCUAUCCUUUGCGACAUUCUCUCAUACCUCCCAACAAAACAAGCUGUAUCCACCAGCAUCCUCUCUCGCAGGUGGCGCCAUGUUUGGAAGGAUCUACAAGUCCUUGACAUAGAGGAUAGACCCUUUUGGUCCCGUCGGGGAUAUCGGUUUGAUUCAUAUGUGAAUGCUAUUCUAUCUCAGCGCAGUGCAAAUUACCCUAUCAAAAAGUUUCGCCUCACUUCCUAUAAUAGUUCAGAGGAUCUCAUCUUAACAUGGCUUGAUGCCGUCAUUGGUCCCCAUCUCCAGGAACUCUAUCUCUUCAUUGGUUUAAUGAGGAGAAUCAAGUUGCCUGAAUCUAUAUUCACUUGUGUAUCACUCAAGUCCCUUGUUUUGAAACGUUAUAGUCAUUUGAAUUAUUAUCCAGAGUUUCCAAAUGUUUAUCUGCCAUCCCUCAAGAAUCUAGAGUUGGAUAUCGUCUCUGUGGACCCCAGCAAGCUUUUAUCCAGCUGCCCUGUUCUUGAAGUUCUUAAGCUCAUUCUACAGAACACGACCCAAGAAGGUUUUCAUGUUUAUGUACCUACAAUCCAGAUGCCUCGCACAUUGAAAAGUUUAACCUUUGAAGAUUACACUAGCUUGAUGGAAGAGAUUAACGUUCGGGAAAUAUACACUCCAUUUCUUGAAUACCUGCAUAUGAGAACGGUGGCCUCGGCGAACUCUGAGCUACAGGUAUCAGUUAUCAAUUUUCCCAACAUGGUGGAGGCACAUCUUGAUCUUUGUCAUGAAAGUGUUGAGCAUGGGGCUUGGGUGCCCAAGCUCUUCAAGGCACUCCGCGAAACAAAAUUGUUGGCAUUGAAAUAUGAAACAACACAGUGCUUAUUUAGUGCUCCAGCUUUCGAGUUUCCAGAAUUUCACCGUUUGCUCAAUCUAGAGCUUGAUGUUCCAUGUUUCAACACAAACUUCCUGCUAAACUUCCUUCAUAAUUGUCAUGUACUUGAAGCUCUUGUAAUUUGUAUUUGGAAGCGAGCAUAUGCUCACCCUGUGGAAUAUAAUGGGCCAAGACCACCAAGCAUGGUUCCCAAUUGUUUGACAUCACAUCUCAGGAGUUUUGAGUUUAGAGGAUAUCAAGACUCUACAGAUGAGCGUGAAUUUAUUGCAUAUCUUUUACAAAGAGGACUUGUUUUGAAGACCGUGACAAUUCAUCUUAAAUCUGAUUUCGACCUAGAGACAAAGUACAUUAUUGUCAAGGGAUUAUCUGCUAUACCGAGGGGCUCUCCAAUAUGUCAGCUUAAUUUCAUUGACCACAAUCAUGGUUGAUGGCAACUCUACUCUCUGGGCAACUGACAAACGUUUGAUUGUUUUACGGUUUACGUACACAAACAUGUUGGCUGCAAUUUGACAAUGUUGCUAGAUUAAAGCACUAUAUAGUAUAUAUUGACUAUUGUGUAUGAAUUUCUGUUUUUGAAAGAUGUUGGGAAGUUAAGACCAAGUUAACCACUGCAUAUUAUUGUACUCUUCUGAUGUUAUCUACGGUUCAA